UUUGCCCUGUUUCUCCACUUCAGUCCAUCAUGGCAAUUGAUAGUGGUGGUGCUCAGAAUUUGUUAAAUCGUUCUAUACUCGAUAAAACAACAAAAUGCAUCCGUUCAAGUAUUUGACGAAGGGGCACUGGUCAUCUAAAACAUGUCCAAGCAGAAAAAGCCCCGCAAAGGGCAAACGAAAACUCUUGGGGAUGUCACGAUCAACGACUUCGCGAAUUCUUCAGCUCCUAAGCAUCGGCCUAAGAAGUCCAGUACCAGCGUCACGACCAUCAUCAAGCAACUAGAAGAUCACGAAACUCAAACUCAAUCAAAAUCAUGGGAUGACCAAGAAUUAGAUGAUUACGACUACAUUAAGCAAGAAAAUGAAGAUGGUGAAGUAAUUUACGUACUUAAAAAGGUUAAGAAAGUCAAUUUAAACACAACAGAUGUCACUGAAUCAACAAUUGACACUGGCAAAGACUAUCCUGUCGAUAUCUGGUUCCUAAUAUCAGAAUAUAUCAAACCGGAAGACAUUGGUACUUUUGCGCGCAUCUGCCGCACUUCUUACAGCAUAACAAACACCGGCAAGUUUUGGUUCUCAUUAUAUAAACGAUAUUAUAAGAAAACAGUCGAAUUACCAAGAAGACUACAGCCAGAUUGUAUGUUUCGGUUGUAUGGCAUCCGAAUGCUCGUUAUCAAAUCUUUAUAUUAUACGUAUCCGCUGUUUGUGAAUCAGUUGAAAGUCAUCAAGACUGAAGAGCAUCCGGAUGUGUUGACCAAACGUAUGUGCACGUUGAUGUGGCAUGUGAAAUUCAAAAAUCAUUGGGUGUAUUAUUUUAAACUCAAAGAAAUGGUGUAUCCACCGCAUUUAAUAUCGAAUCGGGAUGAAAAACGUGUGGAUUUGAUUGAAUUGUUGGAAGAUGUCGCUGCGAACGUUGAAGAAAACUGUAGAGUUCUGCAGAUUACAUGUUUGAGUUUCAUUCCGGUACUUUCUGUGCAAGGGUUAUUUCUUACAUCUGUUGGUGUGACACUAUCGCAAGGUUUUCGUCACAAUCGUGUACAGCUAAUAUUCAACACCAAUUUGAUGCAUGGAAAGUCCACAACUGAAGGAACAGUCUGUAUUCUUUUGGAUCCGGUAAUAAAUGUGCGUAUUUUGGACUGGUGGCACCCAUUGUAUCCGCAUAACUACAAUCUGAACCUGUUGGUAAAUCAAAACUUGAAAGAAAUUGAAUAUUAAGAAUAAAUAUUAACUAGAAAAUUACAUGUCGAUAAAAUUAAGUGUUUUGAGAUGGAACCAGAUACAAAUUUAACUCAAAAUCAAAAUAUUUGUGGGAUAUUAAUAUGAUUAUUACAUUAUAAUCAAGGUUGUACAAUAAUUUUUAUGCUUAUGCUAUGUUAAAUAGUUUAGAGGUUUAUUUCGGGGUUUAUUUGUAAAAAUAUUCUUGUUACUAUUUUAUUACUAUUAUGGGAUGCAUUCUUAUUUCAAAUAAAAAUUAUGACCAAUUUUGCUUAGAAA